AUGAGCUCAGCGGCCAAAAAUUUCUAUCAGGUUGUAAAGUCAGCGCCAAAAGGCCGUUUCAUGGGAAUCAAGCGUGAUUACACUGUUGAAGAUGUGCUCCGACUUCGUGGUUCCAUCGACAUUGAGUACACGUUGGCAACACGUGGCGCCAACAAACUAUGGCAACUAUUGCACACAGAACCAUUUGUUCCGGCUCUCGGAGCACAAACCGGAAAUCAAGCAGUUCAAAUGGUUCGAGCAGGUUUCACAGCGAUUUAUUUGUCUGGGUGGCAAGUGGCCGCAGAUGCAAACUCUGCUGGGGAUAUGUACCCAGAUCAGUCGUUGUACCCGGUGAAUUCCGCUCCAGAGUUGGCAAGAAGAAUCAAUAAAUCGCUGAGAAGAGCUGAUCAGAUCGAAGCAUGUGAAGCUGAAGACUACUUGGCUCAACAUGACUGGUAUGCGCCGAUUGUUGCAGAUGCGGAAGCUGGAUUUGGAGGUGCUCUCAAUUGUUUUGAACUGAUGAAAGCCUUCAUUGAAGCCGGAACAUCUGGUGUUCACUUUGAAGAUCAACUCGGUUCCGAAAAGAAAUGUGGUCAUAUGGGAGGAAAAGUUCUGAUUCCAACAGCUCAACACAUUCGUCACCUGAAUGCAGCUCGUCUGGCUGCUGAUGUUUGUGGAGUUCCGACGAUAAUUGUUGCAAGGACUGAUGCAGAAUCAUCGAGACUAUUGACAUCUGAUAUUGAUCCAAGAGAUCAUCCAUUUAUUGAUUAUGACGGUGGAAGGACUAUUGAAGGAUUUUAUCGAUUGAAAGAUUCGACAACAAUUCAAUACUGUAUCAAUCGUGCCAUUGAAUAUGCUCCAUACAGUGAUCUCAUUUGGAUGGAAACAUCUCAUCCAACAAUUGCAGAUGCUCGAGAAUUUGCAGAAGGAGUUCGAAAAGAGCAUCCAGACAAGAUGUUCGCAUACAAUUGUUCUCCAUCGUUCAAUUGGAAGAAGCAUCUGUCUCCUCAACAAAUGGAAAAGUUCCAGAAGGAAUUGGGUGCAAUGGGCUUCAAAUAUCAAUUUAUAACUCUUGCCGGUUUCCAUGCCAACAGCUACAGUAUGUUUGAGUUGGCAAAGAACUACAAGGAACACGGAAUGCUCGCAUACUCUGGACUUCAAGAAGACGAAUUUUCAGCUGAAAAGAAAAGGAUAUACAGCUGUAAAACAUCAAAGAGAAGUUGGAACUGGAUAUUUUGAUGCUGUUAGUCGUGCCAUCACAGGUGGACUUUCUUCAACUACAGCACUUGCUGGAUCAACUGAAGAAGCUCAAUUCCAGACGUCUGCAGCAAAAGUUACAGCAGCCACAACUGCUGAUGACGAGAUUUUUUCGCUGACAGCUCCACCCGUACCUGGAGACGAGAAGAUCCUGACUCCAGAUGCACUCCGCUUCCUGCAUGACCUGAACAUUGAAUUCAAUCCACGUCGUUUAAAACUUCUUUCGAAAAGAAAUAAAGUUCAGGAGGAUAUCAACAAUUCGAUUUGGUUCCCAGAUUUCAAUAAGGAAACCCAAGUACUUCGUGAUGAUCAAGGAUGGAAGGGAUCUCAGAUUCCAGAUGAUUUGAAAGAUCGGAGAGUUGAGAUAACUGGACCACCGGAUCGAAAAUCAGUCAUCAAUGCAUUGAAUUCUGGUGCAAAUGUUUUUAUGACUGAUUUUGAAGAUUCGAAUUCGCCGACUUGGAGAAAUCAAAUUGAAGGACAGGUUAAUAUGUAUGAUGCUGUACGAAACAAUAUUUCAUAUACUCAUCCAACAACUAAAAAAGAAUACAAACUCGAUGAGAAGCAUGCGGUUUUGAUGGUUCGUCCACGUGGAUGGCAUCUUACAGAGAAACAUGUACAGAUUCAUAAUCAACCAACUUCAGGAACUUUAUUUGAUUUUGGUCUAUUUGUAUUCCAUAAUGCAAAGGCUCUCAUCUCCAAAGGCUCUGGUCCAUAUUUCUAUCUACCGAAGCUUCAAAACGCUGAAGAAGCACAACUUUGGUCUGAUGUAUUCAAAUUUACGGAAGAUAAAUUGGGUCUCUCGCGUGGAACAAUAAAGUGUACUGUGCUCAUUGAGCAUCUACUUGCCACUUUUCAACUUCACGAGAUUAUUCAUUCACUCAAAGAUCAUGUUGUUGGACUGAAUUGUGGUCGUUGGGAUUUUUUCUGUUCUCGUAUAUCAAGACAUUCCAGAAUCAUCGGAAAUUCCUUCUCCCAGAUAGACAUCAAAUUUCAAUGACUGCUCCAUUUAUGAGAAACUAUUCAUUGGAACUCAUCAAGACGUGCCAUCAACGUGGAAUUCAUGCGAUGGGCGGAAUGGCUGCACACAUUCCAAUCAAACAUGAUCAAAUUGCAAAUGACAAGGCUUUUGCUCUUGUCACAAGUGAUAAACAACGAGAGGUUACUGAUGGACAUGACGGAACAUGGAUUGCUCAUCCGGGAUUGGUUCCAGUGGCUCAGCGAGUUUUUAAUGAGAUGAUGCCAAGGCCUAAUCAGAUUGACAAGUUGCUCAAUCGUCCAAUAGCUACAAAAGAGCAAUUGACAAUGGUUCCAGAGGGUACACGUACCGAUCUUGGAUUCAGAAAUAAUAUUUCUGUUACUUUGGGAUACCUAGACUAUUGGCUCCGCGGAGUCGGAUGUGUGCCACUUGACAAUUUAAUGGAAGAUCUCGCAACGGCUGAAAUCUCACGUGCUCAACUUUGGCAAUGGCUUCAUCAUGAGGCAAAGCUUGAAGAUGGACGUGUUAUUGAUACAGGACUUGUAAAACAAACAAUUGCCGCCGAAGCUGAACACCGAUCGAUUCGUGCUGGUUCAGUUGUGAAUCGUAUUCCAGAAGCCGCCGAGCUUCUCGAGAAGCUUGUCACAGAAGAGAAGCUCAGUGAUUUCUUGACUUUGGAUGCUUAUGACAAACUCGUUUCUGAUGGAUAUUAAAG